GCUGAUCCUGCACAUUUUAAAAGCAAGACAUUCUCCCUUCUCAAGUCAUAAGUUUGGGAUGCUGCCAAACACUUCACUGAUAUUUACAGACACAUUUUAGCUCAUACCUAAUCAGUCUCACUGGAGCGUGGCAGCAGCAGCACUCAAUCACAGCUAAAGAGGGUUCCUGGAUUGAUUGUUGGUACUGUAGUAUUAGUUCACUAAAAAGAGUGACAUCAAUUAUAACCCAAGUUUGUGCUGCUGUCUUUUCGUUAUUGAUCAGUAGCUACAGUAUGGGAAACGCCGCCAGAAAUGCGACCCAAGUUGCUGCGCUCAUGCUCACUGGGAUAAUUCUGAGCAGUCUGCAAACUCCUGUCAGAUCCUACCUCUACAAUAAUCGCUAUGCUGGAGAUCAAGUUAUUAGGGUAAUUCCACACAAUGAUGGGGAGGUGGAAAUCCUGAAGAGCCUCUAUAAACAGCUGGAAGUGGACCUAUGGCAGCCCAACAGCGUGUCUAUCAUCACAGAGGGUGCAGCAGUGGAUCUCCACAUAGACAGAAACAGCUCUGGAAUAUUCAGGUCUCACCUUCAGCAGGCUAAGAUUCCUUACAAGGUUCUUAUCUCCAACCUGCAGAAGGAAAUUGAAAAACAAAGUGGAUCUAGGUCUUCCCGAAAGCGAAGAUCUGAAUCAGAAUACGAUUAUGAAGUCUAUCACUCAUUAGAGGAGAUACAAAGCUGGAUGCAUGAAAUUAACAGAACACACCCACACUUUGUUAAUAUGUUUUCAAUCGGCCAGUCAUUCGAAGGAAGACCCCUUUAUGUUCUCCAGCUAGGAAAGAAAUCUCGCCGUGACAAGAAAGCAGUGUGGAUUGACUGUGGAGUCCAUGCCAGAGAAUGGAUUGGGCCAGCAUUUUGUCAGUGGUUUGUCAAAGAAGCAUUGCACUCAUAUCACAGUGACCCUGUGACAAGGAGACUGAUGAAUCAACUAUAUUUCUAUAUUAUGCCUGUAUUUAAUGUUGAUGGGUAUCAUUUUAGCUGGACAAAGGAUCGAUUCUGGAGAAAAACUCGCUCCAAAAACUCAAAAUUUCACUGUCGCGGUGUGGAUGCCAACCGAAACUGGAAAGUGAAAUGGUGCGAGGAAGGUGCCUCCUCACACCCCUGUGAUGAAACCUACUGCGGGCCUUAUCCAGAGUCUGAGCCUGAAGUGAAAGCCGUCGCCAACUUUCUGCGUAAACAGAGGAAACGGGUGAAAGCCUACAUUUCCAUUCACGCCUAUGCUCAAAUGCUGCUCUACCCAUACUCCUACAAAUAUGCUACCAUUCCUAACUUCGACUGUGUUGAAUCGGCUGCACACAAUGCUGUUCUCGCUCUGUACUCUGCCUACGGGGUGAGAUAUAGAUACGGCCCAGCUUCAACUACUUUAUAUGUGAGUUCCGGAAGCUCUAUGGACUGGGCUUACAAAAAUGGCAUUCCCUAUGCAUUUGCAUUUGAGCUGCGUGAUACUGGUUAUUUUGGGUUUUUGCUCCCUGAAACUCUGAUUAACCCAACAUGUACUGAGACCACACGGGCAGUCAAAACAAUCUCCGCCAGCUUACUAAAGAAGUGCUCCUGAAGACUGUUUUGUGUUGCAAAACCCUUGAAGAAUAUACCCAAGAAUACCCAAGAAUAUGCUGAGGUCUUUCACGUUUUUACUCAACACAAUUCAAAUGUCAAAACUAAACAUUUUAGAAAGUGUAAGAGGGAAUGUAACCUAUUCUUUUUUUUUAUAUAUAUAUAAAUGUAUACAGUCACUCAAGAUUCCUUAUGUGUUUAGACUGACAAAAAUCCUCCUACUAUAACAUUAUCGUUAGCUGUUUAAAAUAUACAAACAAACAACCGAAAAAGCAGGAAAGCAGCAAACACAAUACCUUUACCGUAGACUUUGACAUACCAACAUUGUAAAAGUUGCAAAAAAUCUAUAAGGGCUUCAUAACAAGAGGGAGACACUGGGUGAGCUUCUUCUAAGAGGCUCAAGAAAGGGGGUAGGGUUCAAAUAAAUGCUUCUGAUCAAUGUGUAGGGAAACACAUUUGUCACAUCAUUUCAGUUUGAUUUAACCAGAAGAGCUUUGUUGUUUAGGUGGUUAAUAUAAUAAAGCUUAGCACUUUUGUACAAUUCCCAUAGUGUUUUUGUUGAUCUAACACACAUGUCAUUUGAUAAAUCCUCCCUUUAUGUACAUGUAUUUGAAUGCAACUUUCUGUCGGACUCACAGUCACUUCAAAAAUCAUAUUCCUGUGGAACUUCCUUUAAUGAUCGGAAGCAAUGUCUUUGUUGCUUUAGUGUGCAAUGCUUAAUAUAUUGUAAUGUACCCAUGCAUUCAUAUUGUAGUUUUUGUUUUUUUUCAAAGGUGAAAUAGUUCAUUCACCCAUGCCACAAAAUAUCCCAAAAGACUUUAUGAAAACUUUGUGUGUGUUCUGUAUUAUCUUCAUUGCUGUUUGUUAUGCUUUAUAGCACGUACGUAUUACAAUCUUACAGUCCUUUAAAUCAUUGUCUCUUAUUAUUUUGCAAUAACAAUAUGCAAGGUUCUGAUAUUUUUCUCCUUGGUAGCAAAACUUGUUUACACACGUCAGAAAGUCUAAUCUCAUUCCCUGUGUUACAGCAUCACCACUUAAGUAUAACAUCUCAACAAGUUGUUUUUAAAUUCCUGUAAUAUCCUGUUGAUGAGUACCAUUGCCAUGGGGAUUGACAUAAAACCCACAGAGAUUUUUAUACUCUUGUUUUCAGCAUAUCAGCAGCAAUCAAAGUACAAAUAACAAUGAUCAAGUCAAUGGGAAGACAGAACAGUACAUAACAAUGUUAAGACAUUUAGCUCGUCAUUUAUGUAUGCUAACCCUGCCCAGUUUGUCUGUAUUUCAUUAUUUGUCGCUUCUCAAAUACAACAUUUUAAAAGGUAUGUUCACAAUAUAUACAGCUUUAUUUUAAAUGGUUAUGGGACAUAAUAUGUGUAAUAAAAUGUUAUGACAGUAGUAAACAAUAUUGAAAAAUAAAAAUGUUUAAAAGGGGUGCUUACAUUUCAGGAAAAAAUGUUUACAACCUCAAAUUGGAGGUACUAGAUUUUUGAUAUUCUAAUCUGUAUGUACUCUAAAAAUGUAGAUGUAAAUGAAUUGUGGCUUCAGUUAAUCUUUUUUUUGUUAUUGUGCUAUAUUUUACAGUAUAAUAUUUUUUUUUUACAUGUAUUUCAUAUUAUUCUUUUUUUUAACUGUUUAUUAAUAUCCUGAGUUUAUUUUUUUAAAUGCCUUAUUAAAUUGUCUGUUUCCA